UUCUUCUAGUUUUCCUUCAACAUGUUUGACCACCCAAUUCCCCGGGUCUUCCAGAACCGCUUCUCCACGCAGUACCGCUGCUUCUCCGUGUCCAUGCUUGCGGGGCCGAAUGACAGGUCAGAUGUGGAGAAAGGCGGGAAGAUAAUCAUGCCACCCUCAGCCCUCGAUCAACUCAGCCGACUCAACAUUACCUACCCCAUGCUCUUCAAGCUGACCAACAGGAACUCGGACCGCACGACGCACUGCGGGGUACUGGAGUUUGUGGCAGACGAGGGCAUCUGCUACCUCCCACACUGGAUGAUGCAGAACUUGCUGUUGGAGGAAGGGGGCCUGGUUCAGGUGGAGAGUGUCAACCUUCAAGUGGCCACAUACUCCAAAUUCCAGCCCCAGAGCCCUGACUUCCUGGACAUCACCAACCCCAAAGCAGUGUUAGAAAAUGCUUUGAGAAACUUUGCCUGUCUGACCACCGGAGAUGUGAUUGCCAUUAACUACAACGAGAAGAUCUAUGAACUGCGGGUGAUGGAAACCAAGCCUGACAAGGCCGUGUCCAUCAUUGAAUGUGACAUGAACGUGGACUUUGAUGCUCCUCUGGGUUACAAAGAGCCGGAGAGACAAGUCCAGCACGAGGAGUCCAGCGAAAGUGAAGCUGACCACAGUGGCUAUGCCGGAGAGCUGGGCUUCCGUGCCUUCUCCGGCUCUGGGAAUAGACUGGAUGGGAAGAAGAAAGGUGUAGAGCCCAGCCCUUCCCCCAUCAAACCUGGAGACAUUAAAAGAGGAAUUCCCAAUUAUGAAUUUAAACUUGGUAAGAUCACUUUCAUCAGAAAUUCACGUCCACUGGUCAAAAAGGUUGAAGAGGAUGAAGCUGGAGGCAGAUUCGUUGCUUUCUCUGGAGAAGGACAGUCAUUGCGUAAAAAAGGAAGAAAGCCUUGAGUCGGGACUGUUGGCUGAUGGGAGAAUAAAAUACUUGCAACAUGA